CUUUAUUCAUAUAUAAGAUUCCACACAACCCUUAACUUAGCCUUGUAAAUUUCCUCCCUUUCUCAUACAACAAAUGUCUCAAAUCAAUGAAAAAUCACCACAACACUGUGCCAAAAAAAAACUUAUAAACAUCAACAAGAAUCACAAGAAACUAUUCUACACAUUCACCACCUUCAUUCUCUCAAUCCUCUUACUCAUACUUGUCAUAUGGUUCUUACUCCAUCCUUCUAAGCCACAAUUCUCCCUCAAAGAAGCUGAUAUUUACCAACUUACCCUCUCAAAGUCUCACCUCCUCAACUCAUCUAUCCAAAUCACCCUUCUCUCAAACAAUCCAAACCAGAAAGUUGGUAUUUACUAUGAUGAAAUCCAAGUUUAUGCUUCUUACAAGGGUCAACAAAUAACCCUUGAUUCAUCUGUCCCACCCUUUUACCAAGAUUAUAAAGACACCAAUCUUUUAUCAAUGGUUUUGGUUGCAAACGGGUUACCCGUGGAUCCAUCAUUUGGGUAUGAAGUGGGUCGUGAUCAAAUGGAAGGAAGAUUGGUUUUAAGUAUCAAGGCAAAUGGAGAACUCAGAUGGAAAGUGGGAACUUGGGUUUCUGGAAGGUAUAGGUUUAACGUAAAUUGUGUUGUUGUUUUGCCUUUUGGUCAAUCUAUGCCUUCAGGUCCGUUGACUUCUAAAGGGAGUCAGUGUUCUACCACAGUUUGAAACUUGGACCAAAAUAUCGUAUCGAUUACAGCUUUACAUUAGCAUAUAUAUACAUGGAUUUGAUUUUUAGAAUGAUGAUUUGACUUUGUUGAAUAUGUAAAUUUAUAGCAAAAUGUUUAUAGUUUGGUUUGUAAUCUUA